AUGAAGAAUGAGGUGAAGCCGGAGAUCAAAGUCGACGGAGAUUCACCCUCCAAGCUGGGAGAGGUGGAGGCAUUCGAGGACGACAACGAUCUUUACGUACCGUCAACGGAAGAUGGUAGGACAGCAUGGCUCGUGAAGGUAUCGGACGAUAUGUGGAAAGCGUGGAAUGAUCUGUAUGCAAAAGCGCCAGAGGGAGAGCCGCCUCUGGUAAUUGGAAAGCUGCGCGUAUACCAUCCCAAACCCGGCGGCGACCCAAACAAGCACGAAAUCCAGAUUCGCCUCAAAGAUUCAUUACCGCAGAACGCAUCUCUCCCGAAGAACUACAAUCUCGACGUGAAGUCCACAUCAUACAACAACACGGUCGUUUUCAGCGAAAAGGACCUCCCAGGCCAUCGCUCCCAAACGUUUGGCAACCGCGUACACAACCCAAGCGCUAAGCCGACAGGUCUUCAAACAAAGACCGAGCGAUACGGUCCAAAGAAGCCAGGGAGCUACCGAACAGCGAUUCCGAAGCAGACCGCCCUUGCGCCCAUCAUUGUGAACGAAGCGGUCGCAAAUCCCGUCGAAGACGACGCAGCGCUCGACUUCUUUAAACAAUCCUACACCGCCGCCCUCAACGCGGGCAACAAGGCACAAUUCUCCGAGACGGUGCGAGGUAUCAACUGGCACCCGACCGCAGCCGUUCCUUCAUUCGCGUUUGGCAGCAUGACUUCAAAGGUUGGAGGCAAGAAAGGGAACAAAAAGGUGGUCAAGGACAAAGCGGUACGCUUGGAGAAAUCUCAACUCCUCGACAAGAUCCAGGAGUGCUUCAAGGACUAUCAAUACUGGUCGCUCAAAGCGCUGCGCAACCGUCUGCACCAACCGGAGGCAUACAUCAAAGAGACGCUGGACGAGAUCGCAACAUUGGUCAAGAGCGGAGACUUUGUGCAGAACUACAAACUCAAGCCGGACUAUCUCAGACUGCAUGAGAUACAGCAGAGCAUGGUCAAGGAGGAGAUGGCGCCAGUGAAGAGCGAGACUGAGGACGGCACGGCGGAUGAGGACAUGAUGGAUGAGGAUGAUGAUAUGGGAUUCGAGGAUGUCGAGAUGAAGCCGGGCUUGUAG